GCCCAUUGGUAUAUAAAGGUCUCGCAGCAAGAAAGCUCCGUCGAACGAGGAAGACCCAAAACAACCAUGGCAGGUAACGUAAAGAAAAGGAAUCAGCUCAAAGAUGGAGAAACUACAUACCUCAUCAACCAAAGUUCCAAUAGAUGUUUGAGUGUCACGGAGGGAUCGAGUCCUCACGACGCAGUGGUGUCGACUGCGAAAUGUGCCAACAGUCAGAGUCAGCAAUGGAUCAAAACUGGCGGCCAGUGGCUGUGGGGAGGAAAUACAGCUUACUGUUUAGUGCCUAUUGAUGGGACAAAUAAUGUAGGUCUGGGUGAUUCAAACUCUUCCACAAUUUCAUGGGUCUACGAUGAGGAUGAGAGGAUAUGCCUUGGGUCAAAUGCACUAGAAGAUCCAAGGACAAAAGUUAUACUAAAUCUCCCAAAUAAUGAUUUAAACCAAAAAUGGUGGAUCGAAACUGUGAACUCAGAACCAGAAUUCCUCAUCAACCAAAGCAGCAAUACGUGUGUUGGUGUACGCAGUGGUUCAAGACCAAGUGAUGCCGUUGUAGGAAUGAUGCCAAAUAGUGGAGACAACCAGCAGGUGUGGUUCCCUGUUGGUAAUUCUUGGCAAUGGGGAGGGAAUCGUGCCUAUUGUCUCGCUCCAGACUACAACACACGGUCUGUCAAGCUAGAGGACACCGCUAGUUCUACAGCAUCCUGGUACAUGGAUGAUGCAGAGAGGUUUAGGAUUGGCGCUGAUGCUCUGGACGUGCCUCGGCCAGAACCUAGGACAACGGUAAUUUUGUAUUACCCAAAUGAUGGACUUCACCAAAAAUGGUGGAAGUUUUCUGAUUUAAAGGCAGGCCUAGAAGGAGCUAAGCCGGCUGUGUACCCAUUCCCUGGUAGUGAUGAGACGACAUACAAUCAGGAAUUAACGCGUGGACUCUUAAAUGAGCUGGGUUCAAAGUCAGAAACUCUCCUCUAUCCUCGGGAUGUGGUUACUUUCCCUGGUACAGUUGACACUAGCACGCCAAGAGUCACAGAAAAGGUGACUCUAGAUCUAUCUGUUCUUGGGCAAGUCAGAGAUUUCCGAAUGACAGUUCCCAAAGACUGGCAGCUCACUGACCUGUACCUAGCGGAGGGAGACGUGUGUCAGGUUAUUCUGCCUGAAACUUUAUCAGAGGCACAAGCACUGCAGAUCACUGUUCGCAUUGGUGCACACAUUGACUGGCUUCAGCCUAAUUCACCGAAUGUUUCUAAUAAAUACUUUAGACGCAUGCCCAAAGUUUCUGAGGUUUUCUAUGUCAAACCAGGUGUGAAUGAGAUCAGGAGUCAGUAUGGAGGCAACAUCAUAUUUGUGUUCAGUGAAGGGGAACAUUUCACAGUUGAUGUUGAUGUCACGAACGUGGUCGAAGCGCCAUACUAUCGCUAUGGACAGACAUCGAAUGCAGAAUGGGAAACUAUCAAAAUGAGAGAUGCUCCACAGACGAUAAUGGAAUCAGAUAAAUGUGUGGUUGUUCUUGCCACAAAGGAUGCAAGAAAAGUAACCAAUCCUGACGAACUGAUGUCUCGUUAUGACGAAAUUAUGGGAAUGCUAAAUUACGCUGCAGGUUUUGAUGAGUCGGAAGAUCCACCACGCGGUAAACAGUGGCUGGUUAAUGAUGCUCAGAUCACAGCUGGAUCAGCCCACGCUGGAUUCCCAGCUAUGUUUUGGCGCGUAUAUUAUAACAUGGCUGAUAAUAGCACUCCCUAUGACUGGGUAAGUUGGCAUGAACUUGGACACAACUACCAGCAAAGGCCAUACUGGGCAGGAGUUUACGGUGUGGAAUCUACAGUCAACUUAUUUUCACUGUACAUCCAGGAGCAGCUGUUCGAUAGUGACAGAUUGGAAGAGCAGAAUAGUUACGUCACAGCAGCUGAUAAAGUAGACAAUGGAAUGACCUUCGACGAGGGAGACGUGUGGGAUCAGCUGGUGUUCCUGAUGGAGAUCAAGCAUGCCUUCCCAUUAGGAUGGGGAAUGUUCCGUCAGCUCAACCGUACAACUCGAGCUCUUUCUGACGACGAGGCCAAAUAUUUGACACAAGAUCGUCAACGGCAGAUCGACCAUGUGUACAAGAACCUCAGCAAGAGCGUGGGCUACGACCUAGUCCUUACCUACGAGCGCUGGGGUCUGAGCCUAAGCCAGGAAGCCAAGGACGAAAUAGAGCAACUGGGUCUGGAGAAGGCGCCGGGAGACCUCUCUCACCGACCCACCGAAAAGCCGUGUAAAGUAACAAGUGUAUCUGAUGCUCGGAAUUAUACACCGUGUAUCUCUCCUUGACAUAUACGAAAAAUAGAGA